AUGGUUUCCCCUCGCAAGUGUCUGGUGACUCUGUUCGCCACCCUGUUCGUCGGCAGCGUCACUGCCAACCACAACCACCCCCCCCCAUCUGUCCAUCUCUUGCCCGAGAUGCAAGUCCAGGACUACCAAUACCCGCGCUUCAGUCGCCCAGCAGACCAGUGCGACACAUCCAGUCCGUGCUCGCCAGCCCAGGUUCUCUCCAUGGGUUCCCGACAUGAGGGCUGGCAUUUCUGCGGCGCUGCGUUCAAGGAGGGCAUCCUGCCCGUGUCUCUGGAGCUCGAGGGCCGUCAAACCAUCGAGGCAAUCACCGUCUCCUACACCGACGGUACAAAGUCUCGCUUCGGUCGGGGACCAGACUAUGAGGGCAUGCUCAAGGACCUCACCACCGCGACUCUGCUCCUGGAUCCUCUGAAGGAUCGCAUUGAGCACGUGGCCUGGUACCCCCACGAGAACGGUGGCAUUGGCGGUCUCGAGAUGUACGUCUCUGGAGGAAAGAUGCUGGUAUGGGGCCCAACGUACAUCAAGUACAGGACGGCCGCCAAGACGUACCAGCCUUCAGGGAUGCUGCUCGGCAUUCAGGGCACCGCCGGCAAUGGCCUCCACAGCUUUGAUCUCCUCACGACAAAGUCCAAGAUCGCGGCCCUGCGUGUCGAGAACAUCACCAUCACCCCCAAUGCGGGUGAGCUGAAUGCGCUCCACGACAAGGGUCUCCAGGAGGAGCACAAGGCUGUGAGUCGCCACACACAUGACGACUUUGCCGUGGCUGCCAAGGACUCCAUCUCGAUGAGUGUCAGUUUUGCUGUGUCCGACUCGGCGAGUCUGGACAAGUCGAGCUCGGAUGCCUUCACGACGGGCGAGUCGUUGACAGAGGGCUUCACCAUCGGCGCGGGUCUUGGCAUCACGAUUCCUUCCAUUGGCACUUUGACCCCCAGUGUGACCUUUUCCAAGAGUCAUACGCAAAGUGUCGGCUGGACGGAGACGAAGAGCUCUGGAGUGCAUUUCGGGACGGCCACCACCGUGGGUGUGACGUACUCGUUCAAUGCGGAGGCGGUCCCCAACACGGAGGUGCAGUGCGAUGUUUGGCACUGGAAGCCAGCGGCCAGUACCGAGAUCAAGUGGUACGGCGACUCCACCGUCCAUUUCGAGGACGAACAUCUCUCGUGGAGCUGGCUGUCGCAGGGUAUCUACCACCCGGCUGAUGACAACGCCUUCAAGUCGCGGUGUCGCCGACGCUGGCUCAACGAGACCUCGGACGGGGAGGAGCCAAAGAUGGCCAAGGAGGAGGACAUUGAGGUCGACGUUUCAUCCAGUAUUCAUGGACGCGACCUCAGGGUGGGUGACUGGUUCGAGAUUGAUGAGUAUUCGGUCACCCAGGAAUACGAUUACGGUGUUUGA